AUGGUCGUAGCUCGUCGUGUGAGUUUUGAAAGGAAUUGCCGCGGUCAGGUGCUCAAUCGGCAUAGCUACUGGGGCCAGAACUCGCGCGGUGCUGUGGAUGGUACGGACACGGCCAACUUCCAGAAGGACAUCAGUUACUACUGCAACGACGACAACAUCAAUGUGCUGCCGGUCUCGUUCGUCAAUGUAUUCUUUGGCACGGGUGGCGCGCCAGAGAUGAACCUGGCCAACUCGUGCAACAACGUAGAUAAUGCGACAUUUCCUGGGACCAAGCUCCCGAACUGCGCUGCGCUUGCCGACGACAUACAGUACUGCCAGAGCAAGGGGAAGCUUGUUACUCUCAGCCUCGGUGGUGCCACGGGUAGCGUGGGAUUCGAAUCGGACGACCAAGCGACUACCUUCGCACAGACGAUAUGGAACUUGUUUCUGGGGGGCUCGUCGUCUACGCGGCCCUUCGGUGCUGCCGUCCUCGACGGCGUCGACCUAGACAUCGAAGGCGGCUCUUCAGCGCACUACAGCGUGUUCGUCAAUGAGAUUCGCUCGUUGGCAAGCGGAGCUAGCAAGAAGUAUUACGUGACUGCUGCACCCCAGUGCGUGUACCCCGACGCCUCGCUGGGCGGAGUCCUCAACGCAGUGGGAUUUGAUGCAAUUUAUGUGCAAUUCUACAACAACCAGUGCGGGUUGCCCAACUAUGGGCAGGUUAGCAACUGGAACUUUGGGACUUGGGAUUACUGGGCGCGUCACGUCAGUCCGAACCCGGACGUGAAGGUCUACAUCGGCGCGCCGGCUAGCUCUGGCGCAGCUGGCUCGGGCUACGUCUCGAGCUCGACCCUGAACAACAUCGCGACGACGAUGAGGAAGAGCUUCCCGUCUUUUGGAGGGGUUAUGCUUUGGGACGCUUCGCAAGCUGUUUACAACGGCAAUUACCAGAACUCUAUCAAGGCAGCUCUGGUAGCGGCCGGCGGCACGGGCUUCACAUACCCUGCGUGCUCUGCGCCCACGUACACCCAGGGGACGUCCUAUUCGGCGGGCCAGCAGGUAUCUUACGACGGUGGACACCUCUGGUCUGCGAAGUGGUGGACGCAGGGGGACACGCCGGGCGGUGCGUAG